AUGUCGUACGCACGCAGAACAGAACUUGACCCGCUGAUCGACCAAUUUGAGCAUAUAUCUGUGAAAUCUCGUGCAAAUGAAGCCCUUCACAUCCUCAGGAAGACCGCCUCUAUAGUGAAACCCAUCAUGCGAGUCCGCAACUGGCGUGUCGGGAUACUUUGCGAAUUCUUCCCCGACGAUCACGGUCUGUUGGGUCUGAAUAUCAACCGCGGCGAAAAGAUCUACCUCCGCUUGCGCUACGCCGGAGAUGAAACACAGUUCUUGCCAUUCGAGAGCGUUGUGGAUACCAUGCUACAUGAGUUAUGUCAUAUUGUUCACGGUCCACAUGAUCAGGCUUUCAAUGCCCUGUGGGAUAAACUUCGCGAUGAGCACGAAACCCUCCUCCGCAAAGGCUAUACCGGCGAGGGAUUUCUCGGCAAGGGAAGUCGGUUGGGCGGCCAACGGAUACCGAGAACUGAGCUUCAACGACAAGCUCGUGCAACAGCGGAGAGACGUCGCCAGGUAUCCGUCCUCUCACAGGGCAGCGGAGGGAAAGUUGGGGGCCAGGGGAUCUUGCGAGGUCAGAAUGCUCGGGAGAUCAUCGCCGCUGCAGCAGAGAAACGGAAUCGCAUCAGUCGCGGUUGUGGCAGCGCCGUGCCCGAGAUGGGUCGGAAGAUAAUGCAGGAAGAGACGAUCAAAAAGCAAAAAGUCACCACAACCAAGGCCGAGAAGGCGGACGAAGAUGAGGCGGCGUUGAUGCAGGCAUACAUUGAUAUGAUCCAGGAAGAAGAGGCGCAGCUGGUCGGUGAGGGAUACGUUCCCCCUAGUCAGGAGAAUCCCACGGGAGGUGUCAAGAAGGGCAACAGCAUUUUCCCACCGGUUGACACGAGAUCUCUGCGGGAGGAACAACUUCAGAUCGAGCGGCAACUGCAGCAGCAGGCACAGUCAAACAUGCCCGGCAAAGAAUAUGAGCCCGAGACGAAACCGAAAGCAACACUGAACACCGCUCCGCCUCUCGACCAUCCAGCGCCAGAACUGCCCCAAGACGAAGAAACCUGGAUCUGCGAAGUCUGCACCCUCAUCAACCCCAUCAACUACCUGCAAUGCGAAGCUUGCGAAACCGAGCGACCGGCCAUCUACUCGCAGGCCAUUUCCACCUCCCACCCUCCAGCACCCUCCGCCAGCUCGUAUCCCAGACCGAAAUCUCAAGCGAGGACCUCUCUACCUCGCUCCUCCAGACCUAAUACCGUGACAUCCACAUCUUCUCGCUUCGGGCCCCGCUCACACAAUGCUCGUCCAAAGCACCCUCCCUCCGUGCUUGCCCCCCGCCUCGGCGCCGCCGAUAACAUCGCUCGCUUCGAGGCCGCCGCCAAGGAAAAAGCCCAGAGCAACCCCUUGGGAUGGACCUGUGGACGAUGUGGUACCUGGAUGGAGAAUCACUGGUGGACCUGUAGCGUGUGCGGACGGAUGAAAGAAACUUCAUGA